UCUGACCACAAGGUCGGUCUCCAGACAAACACGUGCGCUUGUAGUUAGCACCACGGAGCCGAGGCCGGUCCUCAACCUGGUGAACGGAUGAAUAAAGGAAGUCCGGUUCUGAGUAACAACCAUCAGUUAACACGACCUGAUAUCAGGGGUUAAUUUCCAGCGAUCUGUAGCAGUGAGUCCAGCACAAGCUAGCUGUAACGUGACUGUCUCACAUUGGGACACGUUUCUGUUCCGGAGUUUUCACCCUAAUUUCCUGCUCCAUGGCGGAUUACCUGAUUAGUGGACAGACCGGCUACGUGCCUGAAGACGGUCUGUCCGGACAGCAGCUGUUCGGGUGCGGUGAUGGCCUUACAUACAAUGACUUCCUGAUUCUUCCAGGCUAUAUUGACUUCACAGCUGACCAAGUGGACUUGACAUCAGCCCUGACCAAACAGAUCACUCUGAAGACGCCGCUGGUGUCAUCUCCCAUGGACACGGUGACCGAGUCGGGGAUGGCUAUUGCUAUGGCUCUCACCGGUGGGAUCGGCUUCAUCCAUCACAACUGCACACCAGAAUUCCAGGCCAAUGAAGUGAGAAAGGUCAAGAGAUACGAGCAGGGUUUCAUUACAGAUCCUGUGGUGAUGAGCCCCAAAGAGCUUGUGAGGGACGUCUUUCAGGCAAAAGCACGCCACGGUUUCUGCGGCAUUCCCAUCACAGAUAACGGACAGAUGGGCGGACGCCUGGUAGGCAUCAUCUCAUCUCGAGACAUCGACUUCCUGAAAGAGGAGGAGCAUGAUCUUCCUCUCAGUGAGGUGAUGACCAAGAUGGAGGACCUUGUUGUGGCUCCUGCUGGUGUGACGCUGAAGGAAGCUAAUGAGAUCCUUCAAAGGAGUAAAAAAGGUAAACUGCCCAUCGUGAACGAGGAGGGCUGUUUGGUGGCCAUCAUCGCUCGCACAGACCUGAAGAAGAACCGAGAUUUCCCUCUGGCCUCCAAAGACUCGCGCAAGCAACUGCUGUGUGGUGCUGCCAUAGGAACACACAACGAUGACAAAUAUAGACUCGACCUGCUCGUGCAAGCUGGCGUGGACGUCGUCAUACUGGAUUCUUCCCAAGGAAACUCCAUUUUCCAGAUCAACAUGAUCAAGUACAUCAAGGAGAAAUACCCCAACCUGCAGGUUAUAGGAGGCAACGUGGUAACAGCAGCUCAGGCAAAGAAUCUGAUCGAUGCUGGCCUGGACGCCCUGAGAGUGGGCAUGGGCAGUGGCUCCAUCUGCAUCACACAGGAAGCUCCUCUUACUAUUCCUCCUGAUAUAAAGCUCCACAGCCCCAAAGCCCCAGCCACUGUAACGGGAUACUGCAUGCUGGCGUGUGGCAGGCCGCAGGCUACAGCCGUGUAUAAGGUGUCAGAGUACGCGAGGCGCUUCGGCGUGCCCGUCAUCGCCGACGGUGGCAUUCAGAACGUGGGCCAUGUCGCCAAGGCCCUGGCUUUAGGAGCAUCCACGGUGAUGAUGGGCUCAUUGCUGGCAGCCACCAGUGAAGCUCCAGGUGAGUAUUUCUUCUCUGAUGGCAUCAGACUGAAGAAGUACAGAGGAAUGGGCUCACUUGAUGCCAUGGACAAGAACCUUGGCUCCCAGACCAGAUACUUCAGCGAGUGCGAUAAGAUUAAAGUAGCUCAGGGUGUGUCAGGCGCCGUACAGGACAAAGGCUCCGUCCAUAAGUUUGUCCCCUACCUCCAUGCUGGAAUCCAGCACUCCUGCCAGGACAUAGGAGCUAAGAGUCUUACACAACUUAGAGCGAUGAUGUAUUCUGGUGAUCUGAAAUUUGAGAAAAGAACCGUAUCUGCUCAAGUGGAGGGAGGCGUGCAUGGGCUGCACAGCUACGAGAAACGGCUGUUCUAACGAAGACCCCUAACAUCAAGAACGUACACACAGUACAUUACCACAGUCAUACUCCAUCGUUCUGUUGUGUAAUGACACACUACUAAAUCUUAUGAGUUCACAGAUGGCCACCUUACAUUAAUGUAUCCAAUGUCACAUCCCACACUUCCCCUUUUUUUUUUUUUUUUUUGUCUUCCAGAUCUUUGUUGUGCAAACCAACAGUGUGUCAAUGUGUUCAGAUCUACGCACAUACUUUUAUGUUUUUGAAACAAAAGAAUUAGAAUUUCGUAACGCAGUUAUGUUCAGAGGCAUUCAUUAAUUGCAAAUACAUUUUUCCAGUAAAAUAAUUUGUCUUGUUUCUUCUUUUGCCAUUCUGAAUUCCACCUCUUCCAAACACACACAAACAGCACACAUGUGAAACUCUUCGUCUGAGAAAAUUUUUGCAGUCAGUGUUCACAAAAGAGGAAGUAAUGCUGUGGUUGCCUUUUUUUAUUUUUUUUUUUUUUUUUUUUGCACUGCAGUAAAUGUUGAGACGGAACCCGACUGACUUCCAGACAUUUCAAACAAACGUUUUUUAUUUUAUUUAGGUUUUUUUUUUUUAUUUUUAAAGCAGAAAAGUUGCUGAAUCCGUUUAAUAAGUGGAAAAAAUGAAUAUGCUAGUAUUAACACUAGUGUAUGAGAAAUAUAGAGUAUAUCAUGCAUAUUUAGAUGGUGAACAUUUAAUAUGUAUAAAGAGUGUCAGAUUUCCACAGCAGAACGCUCUUCCUCAUUUAGCCUGUGGGUCCUCUGGGGAACUGCACUUCCAAAACCACCGGACUUUCCAGACAGGGGCUCUGUACAUACACACCCAGAGGAGGACAGAGACAUGGGUACACACACACCUGGACAGGUUCGGUUCAAGACACCAGGUGUCUCAUUGAAUGAAACCUAAUAUUUAACUGAUUUUUAUUUAUUUUUAUAAUAUAUAUAUAUAUAUAUAUUGUGUGUGUGAAGUCUGUUCACAUCACUAUCACCCAACACCUCCACCACCAUCAAUCCCCACCAACCCCGCCUUCGUUUAGACAAAUAAUUGAUGAAGCGUGGAAUUUUUCCAGUCCUGGGUACCAUGAUAAGAAGAGAUGGAACUAUAAACAUAUUAAUACUUGAACAGGAUAAAUCUUUGAUUUCAAAUCAUUAAAUAAACUGCAAUCGUUAGCAAAUCACUGUAGUACUAUAUGAUUAAAGCAUUUCACGGUGUGUGGACAUUGA